AUCGUUGUUAGACGUGCAGCCGGUCUGAGGUCCAGCCAUCCCUCACAAUUAAGCUAAUUAGCAGUUUAAAUGGCAGAGUAGUUCAUCCGGGUACCGGCGUGGUGGUCGACAAAAACUCUACAUUGUGCUGGCUGCCUCCGUCGGUCUCAGCGGCGGCGGCAGCGCAGUCGCCGUGCGAAGUGUGGCAACACUGCGGGCCCAGCCUGCCUGUGCUGCGCAGCGGCGGCGGCAGAUGUUUCGCUUCCUGCCCCUAACGCCUGCCGAGCCUAACCAUCGCGUCUUUGCCUGCGCACGGGACUGAGGGAAAGCGGAGGGGAGAACCAGCGGGAAGUGUCGUGUGGGGGAGGGAGCAGGCCGGCUGCUAGGGAGAAGCUGAGUAGCCCCAUGGAAAUGUUCGAGUUAAUGGUGAGAGCGAAGAAGCGUAUUGGCCAGCGGAGUGUAUUCAUGGAGGCUUCGCGUUUCUGAUUUUGAGAUUGUGUGCGACCGGUAAAAGCUCAAACUCAGGGGUGUAACGAAAUGGGCGUGAGAAACCGAGGCUCCGACGACCUCUUGUCGCAGACGGGCGCAGUGAGCAAUGGCUCAGUAAUGAGUCCGCAGCCAAAUCAUGCGGACAACAACAAUGACGCCAAGAAGGUGAAACUGGACAAAAACAAUGGCAAACCGUCCAAGGUGAUACACAUUCGCAACAUCCCUAACGACGUGACAGAGGCCGAAAUCAUCCACUUGGGGAUACCAUUCGGUCGAGUCACCAAUGUGCUUGUCCUCAAAGGAAAGAAUCAGGCAUUCCUGGAGAUGGCUGACGAGGUCGCAGCGUCCACCAUGGUGAACUACUUCACAUCAUGUGUGGCGCAACUUCGCGGCCGAGCAGUCUAUGUGCAGUUUUCCAACCACAAGGAACUCAAGACCGAUCAGACGCAUUCCAACGCGAACGCGUCGGCACAGGCUGCGCUGCAGGCCGCUUCCGCCUUGUCUGGUCAGAACGAGACCCAAGGCGGACCAAACACAGUACUCCGUGUCAUCAUCGAGCACAUGGUCUAUCCAGUUACUCUAGAUGUGCUCUGUCAGAUUUUCACAAGAUUUGGCAAGGUUUUGAAGAUCGUCACUUUCACCAAAAACAAUACGUUCCAAGCUUUGAUUCAGUAUCCAGAUGUAAUCACAGCUCAAGCUGCCAAGCUGUCUUUGGAUGGUCAGAACAUCUACAACUCGUGCUGCACUCUUCGGAUUGAAUACUCGAAGCUAACAAGUUUAAAUGUGAAGUACAACAAUGACAAGAGUCGUGACUACACUAAUCCAAGCUUACCUACUGGAGAUCCUGGCCUUGAUGCAACACUGGCUUUGGGUGGUGAGCUGUUGCCACAGCUACUUCUAGGUAGUGCUGGUGGAGCUCGUCAUCGUGGAAUUGGUCAAGAUUCAGCUACAGCAGCUGCUGCCCGUCUCCCUCCACCAGCUGGGAUGCCUCUAGCUGGUUUCCAGAUGGCUGGUGCAGCAGCAACCACUGCUCUUGGUGGCGCUGGAAUUCGCUUGGCUGGCUCACUAAAUACUGGUGGAUGUGUACUGCUUGUCAGCAAUCUGAAUGAAGAGAUGGUCACGCCUGAAGCUCUCUUUACCCUAUUUGGUGUGUAUGGCGACGUACAGCGUGUGAAGAUCUUGUACAAUAAAAAGGAUAGUGCCCUUAUUCAGAUGGCUGAACCACACCAAGCUCACUUGGCCAUGACACACUUGGAUAAAUUGAGAGUCUUUGGGAAGCAGAUACGUGUAAUGCCUUCUAAGCAUCAGACAGUUCAGCUGCCAAAGGAAGGACAGCCAGAUGCUGGCCUUACAAAAGAUUUUACAAAUUCUGUUCUGCAUCGUUUUAAGAAACCUGGCUCCAAGAAUUAUCAGAACAUUUAUCCACCAUCACCAACGCUUCAUCUUUCCAACAUUCCCCCAACAGUUUCUGAAGAAGAAAUUAAAGAGGCUUUUACAAAGAAUGGCUUCACUGUGAAAGCAUUUAAAUUUUUUCCAAAGGAUCGUAAGAUGGCACUUAUACAGCUUCCUUCAGCUGAUGAUGCUGUUGCAGCUCUCAUUAAAAUGCACAAUUACCAGCUGAGUGAGUCCAAUCAUCUGAGAGUCUCGUUCUCAAAGUCCAACAUAUAAAUGCACCCAAAUGUAUUAUCUUCGAAAAUGUGUCUUGCGUGUGAAUUAAGAGGAAAUGCUGAAUUUAGGUGUAAGAGCCUGAAUUUAAUGUGUGUGCUUUCAUACUUUGAUGGUACAUUGUAUUUAUCAGGGAAAGACGAUUCGCUAUUUUCAAAACAUUGCAUAGCAAAUGUAAGGAAAUGCAAUGAAGGGACAAUGAAUGUUAAUUGGAAAGUCAGUUUUUAAAACCUUACUGUAGGACAUAUGUUUUACUCAUGUCAAUUGAUCAUUAUUCUGCUACUCAUGAAUUAGAUGCACAGAAUUUAAUUUCUUCCCUUUAUAAAAUUAAAAACCACAAAUUAAUUAUGGAAGGAGUUGAGCACUUGAUAUUAAAGUGACAUAUUUUAAUAGCUGUGGUAUAACUUACAACAUUUCAUUGAUGGAUGUAUAUCAUUUAUGUCCAACCAUUUCCUAUUUUCUUCCUACCCAUCAUUCUUUUGCACUAAUUCUUGUGUUUCACUGUUGCGUUCACAGCGGUCACUUUUUUGCUGUUUGUGUACAAUUAGAGUGAAACAGGGUUGGCUAGUUGAUAUACUUGUAGCCCAGUUAUUAAUAGUAAUACAACAAGGAUAGUGUUUCCUUAUGUGUAUACAUAUGUGUAUUGUCCAUUAUAUUCUUGAUACCCCUUUAUAUUACAAAGGUGACGGUUGUACUGAAAUUUGUUUCUGUUCAGCAUCGGAUGUUUAUUGGACAGUGACUCUGACAUCUAUCUUUAUGCAUUUCUUUACUUUUCCAAUGAUGUCUGUCAGCAUUGUGUAAUAAGAUAUUACCUGAAAUGGUAAGAGCUUUCCAGCAACAAUACUGGUAAUAAAAAAGCUUCAUUUUGGUUCAUUUGUUGAUUUUUUUCACUUUUUAUGCAUCGAAGUAAUUUGCUGGUGUAAAAGUGUUUUUUCUGUGUCCUUCCUUAUUUUCUGUGUAAUCUAUCCUCCCAGUUUUGUUCUAAGUAUCAUAAGAAGUUGUACAACACAAAGAUUGCUAUGUUAGAGUGUACUGGUUUGGCAUGAUACAUUGUGUCUGGACAAAGUAACAAAUUUCAGUACGUGAUGCUCUAUACUUUCAAGUUUGCUAAGCUGUGCUGUGUAUUGUGUAACACUGUUGGUUUGUGUGGAAGGUGCAUAAUAUUGCUCUGAAAAGACAGAGCAUCUCUUGCAAAUCAUCAUUGUCAAUCAGUUUUAUGUAAGAGUGUCUGGGAUUUUUGUGUUAUACCUUUAUAUUUUGCUAAAUGUCAGUUUUAUUUGCAACAGUAAACCACAAAAUAUGAAAGAGAGAGAGAGAGAGGGAAAGAAAGCAAGUGAAACCUACCUGACCUGUCUUGAGUUAUGCACAAUAGCAGUUUACAAUAUGUGUGUGGUAUUUUGAUUUAAAGUUUGAAAAUUAUAGAAUGGUUACAAAAUUGUGUUAUGUGAUCAAAUUCAUAAAAGUACGUACGUAUUAUGUUUAAACGACAUAAUGGUGCGCUAAGAAGACAGCUUGUAAAGUCAGUGAAGGGUAUGUAAAUCACCUAGCCUGAUGAAUUGGAGGAAUAAAGCUAAUUUUUUUUAACGGAUGCUUAGAGACUAUUAUGUGCAGUAUUGAAAAUACUUAGUGUGCUUGUUUACGUAUGUAUGUGUAAAUUGAAUGCUAAUGCUGAUGGUAUUUUUUUUCCUUUGUGCCCAAGUCUUAAGUAAAAUUUUGUUAGAUUUGUUACCUUGGAAGUGUCACAAAUUUCAGUGUCAGUAUUGCUAGUAAAUUUGAGACAGAUUUCAUAUAUAUGUUUGAAAACAUUAUUUGUGAGUGAUCAGAGAGCAGUUUUAUAUUUUACAGUAAUUUUAAUGUAUAAAGAAAGAAGGUUUUUACAUUUUUUGCACAUACUUUCUUUAACAAAUGUUGCUGCUGUCAAUAUUCUCUCGUGCUCAGCUGUGUUCUUUCACAAGUCUCCCUUAAACUAAUGGAGAUAACGUAUCAUUCCAAGCAUCUGCAUACGUUUUUCGGAAUACUACAUGACUGUGUUCUGCAAUUGACUUACCUGCAGUUAGAACUGCAAAAUAAUUCAGUUGAGAAAUGCUUCAUAAAAAUUUUAAACUUGCUACAAUGUAUGUGGUAUUGUGAUGGGCCAGUUUGUUUAGAAUAGGAUUUGUUAGAUUUCUUAAUUUGCCAUGGACCGUUUGUAAAUGGCAGUCUGUUGUAAUUAGUUUAAAUGUUAGUAGCAUAGGUUUUUAUAUAAGUGGUCUGAGUUAUAUAUAUUCAAGAAUCUGAAAGAUGCGUAAAUGUCAUAAGUUGUUCAGGCUUUUUAUCUUCAUUCUCCCCGCGUUCCCCACCCCCAAUAUGUAUAAACUUAGUGAAAAAGAUUUGGGAGUAUUAUGAGUGGAAUGAGAUUUAGUUUUUACAGAGGCUGAAAAAUCGUGUAUUAUAUUGACAUAUAAAGACACUGUGUAGUAAA